AUGCAAGCAGAUUUUGAGGGAGCCAGCAGCAAAGUUCAGCAACUGCAGCAGCAAAUUGAACUGCUGCAGCAGCAGCAGCAGCAACUGCAGCAGCAAACAGCAGCAGAAAGGCAACAAGCAGCGCUUGCUGCAGAAAAAGCUGCUGCUGAUCUGCAGCAGCAGCAGCAGCUACAACAGCAGCAGCAGCAGCAACUGCAGCAGCAGCUGCAGCAGCAGAGGGAAGAGACCCAAGACAAAGACAAACAAAUAAAUAAAUUAAGAGAAGAAAUAAAUAAUAAAAAUAAACAAAUAGAAGAACUACGUGUUGCUGCAGCAGAAUUGACGGAGACACUGGAGAAGCGCAGCAGCACUUUUGCUGCAGAAGUUGCUGAGCAGCAGCAGAAGGCAGCAGCAGCAGCACAACAGAAAGAAGCAGCAGAAGCAGCUGUACAUACACUGCAGCAAUCACUGCAGCAGCAGGUAGAAAAAGAAACAGAAGCUAAACAGAGCAGCAGCAAACAGGUAGCGCUGCUGCAGUCACAAGCAGCAGAAGCAGCAGCAGCACUAGAGGAGACACGGAGGGAGUUGCUGCAGCUAAAGGAGGAGAAGGCAUCAAUAGAAGCAGCAGCAGCAGCAGCUGCUGCUGCUGCAGAGCAAACAGCAGCACGAGAGCUGGAGGCGAAGCAGAGCACUAUCGAGAGUCUGCAGCAGCAACUACAGCAGAUGCAGACACAGCAGCAGCAGCAGCAACAGCAGCAGCAGCAACAGGAGCAGCAGCAGCAAGCAGGCGCGCUGCAGAAAUGGGAAGAAGAUAAGAAAAGGAGACAAGAAGAAGCAGCAAAAUUAAGGCAGCAGCUAAUAGCAGCAAAGAAGAUGCUAAGAGAGGCGCAGCAGCAGCAAGCAGCAGCAGAACAAGUUGCUGCUGAGCAGCAGCAGAAAAUUGAAUCCUUAACACGUCUGCAUAAACAAAUGGAGCAGCAGCUGCUGCAGCAGCAGAUGCAGCAGCACAAGUUGCGUAGAGCCCAUACUACUGCAACAGCAAUAACAGAAGCAGCAGCAGCAGCAGCAACAGCAGCAGCAGCAGAGGUGCAGCCGCUGAAACAGAGGAGAAAGUAUGAACAAAUGCAAGAUUCAUGCAGCAGCAGCAGCAGCAGCAGCAGCAGCAGCAGCAGCAGCAGCAGCAGCAGCAGCGGGGAAGGAAUGAUGCAAUGUGAUGAAGAAGAAAGCCGCAAUUCACCACCACCAGCAGCAGCAACAGCAGCAACAGCAGCAGGAGGGACAAGAGGCCGUAGGCCUCGUGCUUCCCCUGCAAGAAGCACCAGCAACAGCAGCAGCAGCAGCAGCAACAACAGCAACAGCAGCAACAACAGCAGCGCAGAUGGAGACAGCAGCAGCAGCAGCAGCAGGGAUGCAGAUAAGGAGACAGAAGUUAGCGAAGUAUUAAUAAGGAGACACUCGUUAAGAUUAAGGAGACAAAAGAGUGAUAAUUUAUCUCCUGCUGCUGCUGAUGCUGCUGCUGCUGCUGUUGCUGCUGCUGCUGCUUCUCCUUAUAAAGUUUCAUUCCCUUCUAGACGAUUAAAAUAA